GGAACAACAACAACAACAACAACAACAACAACAGCGGGUAAAGAGCGAAGCGAGGAUGAGAGAUGUUGCGGCUGCGCUUGAAGAGGCUUUCGCGAUUAUGGAUGCACUGCAGGCAGAGAAAGAUGCUGUGCUUUUGGAGAAGAAGACGCGUGAGGCGUCAUACGAGGCGGAGCUGCGUAUCCGCGUUGCGGAGACGGAGGGGUUGACUGCCACAUUGCAAGAGCUACGGGAACAGGUAAGCCUAUUGAGGAAGCAUCGUUCUUUGCAUGGUUCGUCGCAGCGGUACGAGUUGGCGGAUGAAAGUCCAGGGAACUCCGAGGACCACGACGGCGAAAGAGGGGAAGAGACGCCGAAAUCUUCUUAA